CCUGGUCCAGGAAUUGAUUAGAUUACAGACAAUUUGGAGCAGUUGAUAGGUGGUUCAACCACGUCUGGUAGGUUAGUUUCUAGUAAAUCGCCAUCUACAAUGGUUAAGUUGUUGUUAAUAGUGUUUAGCGUAUGCCUCACAGCAUACGCAAAGAGCUCCGAACCUCCCAGAACCGUAGAAUGCGUUAGCGAGCAGGUCGAUGUCUGGGAGUUCCGACCAUAUCCGGCCGACUGCAAUCUGUACAUCAUCUGCAUGAACGGUGUUGGUAUAGUGUUACAAUGUCCAGACGAGCUGUACUUUGACCCGGAAUCGGAGCUUUGCGAUCUGCCGGAGAACGUGGAUUGCGUGGCCGUGACGGACAGUCCACCGGAAACGGAGGAACCACCGACGCCACCUCCUACGGAAGAGCCUGGCUGUAAUGACCGUUGUGUAUUGCAGUCUUCAAUUUGGGGUGGAGAGGUGCCCGACGCCAACGACUGUAGCCGAUUCGUCAACUGCAUGGACAACUGCAAAGGUGCAACCUUAACCUGUCCUGUGGGUUUGUACUUUAACCACCUACUGUCGGUGUGUGAUUUGCCGGAACGAUCCGAGUGCUUGCUGGAAGUGUGCGUCGAUCAACCGAUUGGACUUCUAGCUAGUGUGAACAGUUGUGGACACUUCUUCCUGUGUCAAUCGUCUACUGCAAGAGUUUUUACGUGCAGUCGCAAUGAGAUAUUUUAUCCAGUUCAUGGAUGCCUUCCUGGAGAUCCGGCUCAAUGCGAGCAUCCUCUGCAGUCCCAAAGCAUUCCGGAUGCUCCCAAGGAAGUGCAAGAGAAGUGUGAUUCGCAAGGCAGCAAAUUCAUAAGGCACCCCGAGCGGUGCGAUGUGUUCUACCGAUGCGCCAAGGGACAGUUGUUUGGCCGAAUGUGUCAGCAAGGACUACUGUUUGACGAAACCGUAGGACUUUGCAAUCUAGCCGAUGAGGUCGAUUGUGUUGAGGUGCCAAAAAAAUCUGUCAUCGUUGCUCAAGUGCAAAAAUGUUGCCUUGUGGUCAGUAAUUUCCGAAAUUCAAACCCAUCCACUGGUGCCAAAAUGACUGCAAAAUUGAUGUUAAUUUUCGUAAUAACUAUCCUAGUAUCUCUGGUAAAAGCUCAAAAUUCCUGCGUCGGCCGACCGGAUGGAUCCCACGUGAACGAUUUCACGGCCUGCGAUGGGUUCUUCACGUGUGUCCGUGGCAUGGCCGUCCCGGGCCGUUGUCCGGCUGGGUUCUACUUUCACGAGGAGAAACAAAAGUGUGAUUUUCCGUGGAAUGUGGUGUGCCUUUUGUGUGUUGAUACGGAAGAUGGCGGUGGUGAGGGAUCUGGAGAUGAGCCUGGUCCCGGUCAGAAUCCGGAUGGCCCGAUGAGCUUCCCGAUCCAAGGUGAAUGUCAACGGUACACUUUGUGCAUUAACGGACGAGGCUUCCUGCAGGAGUGCGGAAUUGGGCUGCAGUUCAAUCCGGUGGCCAGGAGUUGUGACUUGGAGGAAAAUGUGCGCUGCGUGCCGAAGAUUUGUCCCAAUCAUAUCAAUCCGAAUGUGGCCACGUUUGUUCCACACCCGCAAGAUUGUGCCAAGUACUACGUGUGUCUGUUUGGGGAUGUCGUUGGAGAUGGUCCUCAGCGUUGCGCUGGAGAUCUGCUGUUUAACCCGGCUACCGGAUGGUGCGAUCUACCUCAAAACGUGGAUUGUGGGAACAAAACUCCUCCCCCGCCGAUUGCCGAGUGUCGACCAGACGAGGUGCACUACAUUCCGUCGAUGGAUUCAUGCUCGAAACACUACAUCUGCUUCCAGGGCACCAAGAUUGGCCCUGUGCAGUGUGCGACGGGGCUCAUCUUUGACAUCGUCACCAUGACCUGUCAGAUCGAAUCGGACCGCACCGAGUGCAUCCUGGACGGAGGGUCGAUGCUGAUGGAUCAGUUUGUGUUUUGAAGUGAAUUUAAUGUUUGAUAUGAUUGUGGUUAAGUACAUUCAUUUUCAAUCCUAAGUGGCAUAAAUAAAAAAGCAAGGAAUUUUUUUUUAUUUAAAUCCACUUAUUUUUGCAAAAUAAA